GUAGGACACACCCGACUGGUAUAAAAAGACUGGCUGGCCACUGACAAAAUCAUCAGUUCUUCUACAACUGUCUCAACCGUCUCAACCGUCCCAAAAAACCCUAUUACAACCAUGCAGGUCAUCAUUCUCGCCGCUUUGAUCGCCGUGGCUGCUGCCUCCAAUGCCUACCCACCCAAGGCUUACCCAGCUCCGGCUUACCCAGCUCCGGCUUACGGCAAGAGCUACGAUUACGCUCCUCAGCCGUACAGUUUCGACUGGGAAGUCAACGACGCCCCAUCUUACAACAACUACGGCCACUCUGAGAAGAGCGAUGGCAAAGUGACCACCGGAUCUUACCGCGUCGCCCUACCCGACGGCCGCACCCAAAUUGUCACCUACAGGGCCGACAGCUACGGUUACGUCGCCGAUGUCAAGUACGAGGGCGUGGCCAAGUACCCUGAAUACAAACCUGCCGCUUAUUACUCGGCCCCAGCUUACAAGGCCCCUUAUUAAAUUAAAAUUGCACAUUGUCUUUUUGUUUGUUUUUUAAAUGAAAUGGAUUUUAAUUUGAAAAUGGAUUUUAAUUGGCAACAGAGUUAAUUUAUAAUACAAAGAUACUGAGAUUUUGAAACUAAA